AUGGACGAUCCAUCGUUUAUUUUCCUCGGCAGUGGAAGUCAAGGAUGCGUUGGAUUGAUUGGAGGACAUCCCAGGAUUGCCGCAAAAUUUACGAGAAAAGAUUCGAAUGCUCGAGUUGUCGCUUUCUCGAAAGAAUGUGAGGCUCUACAAAUCCUUAGGCAUCAAAAUAUUAUUCAAUACUUUGGCUUCGACGAUGACAACCCUGUGUACAAUGUGAUUCGAAUGGAGUAUUGUGAGAGGGGAUCAUUGUCUGCAGUGUUAAACGACCCAACAAUUGUCUACUCAAUGAAAACCGUGUUUUGUUGGUGUGAGCAUUUACUCGCGGCCCUUGUUUACCUAGAAGAGAACGGGAUUGUUCAUCGAGACAUCAAACCGUCAAACGUUUUGGUCAAACAAGAUUGGGUGCUGAAACUCGCCGAUUUUGGCUGUGUUCGAGAUUUAUUCCAGAAGAUGAACACAUCAUCUGUGGCCACCCUCACCGGCACUUACCGAUAUAUGAGUCCCGAAGCAUAUGGGAUUUAUCGCCGCAAGACUUUCAAGAGAAAGAUCAACUCAUUGAACGAUUUGUACGCGAUUGGAUUGGUUAUCUGGGAAAUCGUUGAAAGGAGAUUGGAAGCGAUUGAUUGCGUGAAUGAAGAGUUGAAAAAACUUGUCUUGAGAUGCACACAUCCACAACCAAAGCAACGACCAACCAUCAAUGAAGCCUAUAAUGUGGCUCGAGCACAAAAUCACAGUCAUCUAACGAACAACUUUGAGCCAAUCAUUGAUAAAAACCAAAGCUUGAUGAUUCUGAAGGAAUCAGAUGCUAAUGUUACCGUGCAAGUCAAAACACAGGCACCUACGUCAGAAGAGUUCUGUCAAAAUAACACCGGAACACCAUCGUGUGGCCAAUAUCAGAUCACAGCCAAGUCCUCGUGGCUGCAAAAACGAGGCCACGAAUCAACGUUGGAAUUACGUGAAGGAAAAGUGCCCACAUCU